AUGUUCUUCAAACAUUCUCGUGAGCUUUCUCAAUCUUGUGAGAUUCGUCUCCCAAGAGCUGGAGACUUCUUUACCAAGCCUCGCGAGGGCUUUCACGUGUUCUUCGUAAACCAGGUGUACGCCAGGCAUUCUUCUUCUUUCGCCGCAUCCCCUGAUGAAACGAACCUGUUCCUUGACAUAUUGCAAGAGGCUCCAUUGUGUGGUCAUAGGAGGCGAACGAGGAUCGUUGGAAGUGUCUUAUAUUGUCUUCUAUUGGCAGGUUAUGCGAUUUUAGCUGUGGGAGCUACUUGGAUACUUAAUUCCUUACAGGAAUUAAUUGUUCUACUGCUCUGUAGCUGUGAUGUCAUUCUUCUGGUUGCCACAGGCGUAUUUCAACAAUAUCUGGUUUACCAAGUCAAGAAGAUACGCCUGCAGGGGUACUAUGGUUUCAGCGAAAAGUUGAAGCAUUUAAUUCGCCUGCCAUUUGCUACUAUUGCAUAUGGAACUGCUGCAAUGUUGCUUGUCAUCGCCUGGAAACCCCAUAUCAGUAUUUUAUCAAUGUCUAUGCUACUCAGAAUUAUUAUGCUGGUCGAAGCAAUAUGUGCUGGGUUUUUUAUGAGUGUCUACAUUGGUUAUGUGCACCAGUACAAUUCGUUGGAUUCCCAGCCUGAUGUUUUGAACUCACUGUACUCUCCACUGCAACAGUCAAGUGCUUUAGAAGGAUUGCGGUACCAUGAUGGGGGACGCCUGUCUGAUCAGCAGAUGGCCUUGUUGCAAUAUCAGAGGGAAAACCUACACUUUUUAAGUGAGGAGAUUCUUAGAUUGCAGGAGUGCUUGAGCAAAUAUGAGAGAUCUGAUGAUGGGAGUACGCCUCAGGUUGAUCUCGCGCAUUUAUUGGCAGCUCGCGACCAAGAAUUACGCACACUUGCAGCAGAGAUGAAUCAGUUGCAGUCUGAAUUAAAACUGGCUCGAUCUUUGAUUGCUGAGAGGGACUCUGAAAUUCAAGGUGUUCGCACCACUAACAAUCAGUACGUUGAAGAGAAUGAAAGGCUUAGAGCUAUAUUGGGGGAGUGGAGUACCAGAGCAGCUAAGCUGGAGCGUGCUUUGGAGGCCGAGAAAAUGUCAAAUUUAGAAUUGCAGAAGAAAAUCGUGUCUUUAAAGUCUCAAACACUGUAUGAGCAAGCUGAACCGGCAUUGCAGCUGGACCAAGCAACCAGUGAGCCACUUUACGAGCCAAGGCACGUUAGGGUCGGGUUUACGUUAUCAACUUUGUCUGGCCUGAAGCAUAGGUCAUUCUCUGCAAAGGUUAACGCGUUAGAAGAGACGAGUCUUGCCUCAGAGGAUUAUUUCCCCU